AUGAACCGCGACCCGUUCGAAGCUCUCAAUCUGGUUGCCCAGCGGCGGCUGCGGGGACUCUUCAAUCCCCAGCCUCCCCCCAGGCCAGCUGCAUCCGGAGCACCCCAAGUCAACUCAUGGACCGAUCUCUGCUUCCUCCGCCAAUCCUUCGCACCAGGAUCACAGCCCAACUGGGAGCUCGUCUACACCACCUUCGCCGCCGUCGACGAGUCCGAUCACCUCUUCUUCGGGCACGCCCCCUUCAAGAUAUCCGAUAUCUCUUUUGCCCAGAUCACAGCUUCUCUGGAACCUGUUCCGGAUGACCACCUCUAUCCGAUUGUACCUUCAGUGUAUGAGUUUACCAUUGCACCGAGGGACUUACCGCUAAGCGCCGUUUACGUCAAACGCAACUUGGGGCAUUAUGAAGACUACCUCGAUAGGAACCUGGGACGGGGUGCUCAAGCUCCAGCUCCAGCUGAGCUUCCUCCCCGACUUUUGAGCGAGGCUCGUAUUUUGGAGGUUAUUUCGCGGAGUGAAAGCGGGCCGCAUCCAAAUAUAGUCGAGUACCUCGGCGUCCGAAUCAAUCUGUCACGCAUCACGGGUUUGGUUAUGAGGAGGUAUGAGUAUAACAUCUACAGUUACCUCCAGCUGGGGAUUGGCACCAUGACCAUGGAUGAAAAGGACAAGUUCAUGGAGGUUUUGGAGGAUGCGGUGCUGCGGUAUCUGCAUGAAGAGCUGGGGGUGGCGCAUAAUGAUAUCAAUCCGUUUAAUGUUAUGGUUGAUGUUAGGGAGGGGAUGGUGGUACCGGUUUUGGGAGGGUUUGGUGAGGCGAGGAAGAUUGGGGAGAGGAUUGGUGAGAAGAUUGGGGGAGAGAGAGGGAUGCUUCCGGGUUGGACUUGGAGGGAUGAGAGGGAGGAGUAUAUGACGAGUGAGGUGAGGCAUGAUGUCUCUGCGUUGGGUAAGGAGAAACUCUGA